AUUCAUUUUAUUUUUAUUAUAAUAAAUAUUAUUAUUAUUUUGUGUAUAUUUUUGUUGUGAUGUAAAAUAUAUUGACAAUAAAUUUGAUAAAGAAUUAAAAUUAAUUAACGAUAAUUAUUAACAAUGGCUGCUUUAAAAAUUCCAAAAGUAAUAACUGUACCACCAACUGGAAAACAUACAGCAACAUUUUUUUUUUUCCAUGGGUCAGGUGGUUCAGCAAAUGAAAUAAAGCAGUAUGUUGAUAUUUUAAAUAGAAAAGAAUUUAAAUUUCCUCAUAUAAAAGUGGUGUAUCCAAAUGCACCAGAGCAACCUUACACUCCACUUGGUGGAAUGCUGAGUAAUGUUUGGUUUGAUAGAAAAGCAAUAACCCACAAAGCUCCAGAGGUCAAAGAAUCAAUUGAUCAAAUAUGCAAAGCAACAAGUGAAUUAAUUGAUAAAGAAAUUGAUAAUGGUGUUCCAAUAAAUAGAAUAAUAAUUGGUGGUUUUUCUAUGGGUGGAACAUUAUCUAUGCAUCUUGCUUACAGAUACAAAACAUCACUUGCUGGAUGUGUUGUUGCUUCAUCAUUUUUAAAUGAUAAUUCACUUGUCUAUGAACAUUUGAAGAGUAUUGAUGGAGAAAUAAAAUUACCACCAAUGCUACAAUUUCAUGGACUUGCUGAUAUGAUGGUACCAUUUUCUUGGGGUACAGCGACACGUGAAAAUCUUGAAAAUAAUGGUGUUAAAAUUGAUUUGAUUAAAUUACCAGGUGUUGAGCAUGAAUUAGUUCGUUCAGAAAUUGAAAAAUUAAAUAAUUGGCUUGUUGAAAAACUUCCAGAAAAUAUUUAAAUAAUUUUUAUUAAAUUUAUAUGAAUUUUUAAAUUACAAAAACAAUAACAGCUUAUUGUUUAAAUGGAAAUUUAUUGAUGAAUAAUAUUUUGUAAAGGGUUGUUAAAUAAAUUGUAUAUAAAAACAAAAAUA